AGUUAGAAAGUGAGAGCAUGAAAUUGAAGCAACUUGAGGACAAAAACAAUCAAAAGGAAAGGAAACUUAUAUCUAUUAUUUUCAACCAAGAAGAUAAAAUAAGAACGCUGAAAAGCAAAUUGAAAGAAUUAAAUGACGCACAAAAGGGUAUACAGAUGCCAACAUAUAAUACAGAGGUGAAAAGUAAGAAAGUUGUUCCAGACAAGCCUGAAUUAUCUCUAGGGAUAUCUGGUGUUUCACCUAUGCCUGAAAGAGAGAAUCUGGAGACUAUUUUCCAGGACAUGAAGGAAGAGUGUCAUCAAAUAUGUGUGUUAGCCAGAGAACAAACAGACCAACUGAGUAAAUUUAAGAUAAAGCCAGAACCUGAAACUGAAAUACAGUUUUCCAUGCCGAUACAGUGUACUGAUAAAACUGAUGAACAAGCAGAAGAGCUUUUUAAGUCUCGGGUUAUAAAGGAUAUAAAUAGAGGUGCAUCAUGCAUCACAUCUAUCACACCAAGAGGAGUGGGCCAAGAUGAGGACAACAACUCUGUAGAAUCACUUUCUAAAUUUAAUGUCAAGUUUCCACCUACAGACAAUGACUCUGCUUUCUUGCAGAGCACUCAGGAAAAACCAACAGUUUCUUGUACUGGUAUAGCUGAAAACAGGCUUCAAGAUCAUCAUUUUAACCUGGAGCGCAGAGAUCAUGCUGUUAACCUCAGUAAAUUGGAACUUAACUCAUUUGAAGCUCAUGGAGUUCAUCUCAUGACUUCAGCUUUACAAAGCUUAGCUACUGUUGACAAAAUAAACCUUCCAAACCAUGCAAACAUGCCCAUAGAAGACCGUGACAAAACAUGUUUAAAAACAACAGACACUGGUUUCACGUUUGUACCUCAGCACACAAACCCGAGUAUACCUGAAGUAAGUUUUUCUUCUUUAGAAGCUGCUGGGACAACUGUCAGAGGUCCUCAUCAGCUCAUUUGGCAGCCUCGACACAAUGAUUUGCUGGCACAAGCUUAUACAGACUCUGAACUGAAUCAGUGUGGAGUAUGUGCAUUCUGUCGAGAAGUUUUCCCACCAUCCAUAACAUCCAAGGAAGCUUUCCUUCGGCAUCUGAAUUCCCACUUUAAAGUACAGUCUUAAUGUAUGAAAAUUCAAUGGAUCACUGCUUUUGCGUACAUUUGGGGUUUUAUUCAAUAGAUAUGCUAAGAAUUUAAGAAUUAAGACUUCUUUUAAAAAGAACUCAUGGCUUAAAUUGUCAGAUAAGUAUGGUUUUAAUUGUCCUUUGGCAAGGUAAAAUGAAACUGUAAGUCAGUACUGUAAUUCACAUUAUUGCCUGUUAUGUUUCAAUAUAACCUUUGUGAGUGAUGUGAAACACCUUUUUUCUUUUCUUUUUUUCAAUUAAUCAUUGCCUGAAUAGGCCUAAAGUCAUGAUUAUAUUUAUCAAUGUAGACUUGCAGGAUUAAUGCCUUAAUCUGGCUGGGGAAAUUGGUAUAAUGCUAGGACGUUUUGUCUCAGUAUCCAGUGAUAUGAUUAUGUUCUCCUUGAAGUAAACAGGGAGAGAAGUAGGCUCUCAUUUUUCAUUUCUACGAUAAUAUU